AGUCUAGUGCGCAGUUUCUACCCUUGUCCGUCCUCUCCCGCGUAGCCCUGGGAUAGAUCGGGAUCCCCUAUUACACUGUGUCCUUCAAGCGGGAUAUCCGUGCAGUAGGUUCCAAGCCCUGUCGGCCGUUGUCGACAGGGCCCUGUGUGUAAUGUCAUUUCGAAGUGGAGGAGGACCUCGAUUAGUAAGUCGCGGUGGGGGUGUGGGGUUUACGUGUUGGAGGGGGGCCCCGGUUGUGGGCGGCGGCGCGGGUUGAGGCUGAGGGUAAGAUGUGGAGCGUGAGGGCUCUGGUGGAGAGUGCUGUGGAGCAGGGCCGUCGAGUCCUCCAGCACGCCCAAAAGAGGCAGGUCACCCUCGUGCCCCGUCAGCAAACCCGCGCCCCUGACGCUCGCCACAAGCUGAACAAGUGGCAGAGUGAAGGGGGUGGAGGGGUAGGUGUCCCGGUGGCGGAAUUCGUCGGAAGUCAAAAUGGUGCUAGUGUAGGGAGCAGCUCCUCCCUCGCCGCGAGCGGUGUGGUCAGUCGCCUGCGCCCCGUGACGACCCGGCUUGUGCAGGGCUUCGUCAGGAAGGUCUCGGCUCCCCUGUGGGCGGAGGCGCGCCGGAGGGCUACCAAGCGAUUGGUGUUCGGGGAAUCGGCCCCUUACUUCGCCCUCGUGGGGGUGACGCUUGUGUCCGGGUCACAGCAAGGGCUGGUCACCAAGGAGGACGAGCUCGAGAGUCUCUGCGGUAACAUCAGGGAGGCGAUAUCCCGCGCAGGAUGGCUGCACAACCCGGAAUUCUGGGCGCAGAAGGAGGCACAGGAGGGCGACCCGUUCGAAGUCCUGGAGGAGGAGCACGUGUUCUCGCUGGCCGACUUCGAGCUCGGGUCGGUCAUCGACAAGGGCUGCAGCGCCGUCGUCUACGCGGCCAGAUGGAAUUUGGAUACAGCAGAAGAUAAUGACCCUGCCUGCCCACCUACAAAAAGACAAAAAUCAGAAUCUCCACUCACUCCGUGCAAGAAUGAUAGGGAUCCGGAGGAGGGAGAGACUUCCUUGUCUCACGAAAAAGAGGAGGCUGAAACUCCUGAAGAGCUGACCGUCCCAAAAGACUCGCCAAUGCAAAUUGAGUCUGGCAGAGACAGGAGAGCUGAUGGGGACCAUUCAGCUUCCUCCAGCGAUAUUAGUCCAAAUCGGAAGACGAGGAGAGUGAAAUUCAAGGAGAGGAGUGAUGAGAGCGAGAGCCUUCUAAAGAGGUCGCAGCCGAUGUCCCAGGGAGCAGUUGCCAAAACAAGCACUGAACAUCUUAACAAAGAAGAGAAUCCUGAGGACACAGCCAGUUUGGAAAAGUAUCCUCUGGCCAUUAAGAUGAUGUUCAACUAUGAAGCAGAGUCCAAUGCUCCAGCUAUCCUUAGAGCUAUGUACAAGGAGAUGCUUCCUGCCCGCAGUUUGCAACUGGAUGAAGCACAGCUCGAGUGGCAAGAAAGGUUCUGCAGCAAACAGUUACGACUGCCAACACAUCACAACAUUGUAGACAUGCCUUGUGUCUUUGUUGAUCGCAUUCCUUUUCUGGAGGACUCGAUGCAGUUAUAUCCUGAUGCUCUUCCUAUGCGAUUAAACCCGAGAGGUUCUGGCAGAAAUAUGAGCCUCUUUUGUGUCAUGAAGAGAUACAACAUGAGUUUGAGGGACUAUGUCAGACAGUAUGAGAUCCCAAGGCGCACAUCGCUUCUGUUGCUUACCCAGCUGCUUGAGGCAGUGCUGCAUAUCAAUAAGCACAAUGUGGCCCACAGGGACCUGAAAUCGGACAACAUCCUUCUCUCUCUGGCUGAGGGAUGGCAAUACCCUCAUUUAGUGCUGACAGAUUUUGGAUGCAGUGUUGCGACUGAAGACACAAGCAUGACCGUUCCUUUUCCGUCUCGAGAAGUUGAUCCCAGACAGGGCAAUAGUGCACUCAUGGCUCCUGAGGUGAAAACAGCAAUUCCAGGAUUUCUGAGGCCUGUAAACUACUCCCAUGCUGACUUGUGGGCAGUUGGUGCUCUGGCUUAUGAAAUGUAUGCUAUGGAGAACCCUUUCUGUCACAUCCAUCCCAGCACAGGAAACAAGCAGCAACCUUUGGACUCCUUUAAUUACAAGGAAUCCCAGCUGCCACGGUUGCCCAAGAGUGUGCCUCCAGCCGUCAAGCAUCUUAUUCAUGACCUCCUCCGCCGAAACCCUCGAAAUCGGCCAAGUGCCAACGUGGCAGCCACACUCUGUCAGUUAAUUCUUUGGGCUCCAAGCAAAUGGCUGAGUCGGCAUUCCCUUACUCUCCCAUCACAAACUGAGAUUAUGCAGUGGUUACUGUGUCUCACAACCAAAGUGCUCUGUGAGGCAAGGCUCUCAGGCUCUCACCACAGGAAGCAGUACUCAAGCAGAGAACAGCAGAAGAGGAUGGAGGAGAUGGGAGUUGUGACCUCAGAUCGCCAAGGAGGGCAGCUGGAGUAUGAGCUUGUUUCCACUUUUUUGGCAAGAGUCCACUACAUGGACAUCAUUCAAGCCAUCAAGUGGAACAGAGCAUUUUAGGAACGGAUGGGAAAGUUGUGAGGCAAAUGUAGACUCGUAUAGCUAAAAGGAGAAAUAUUGUAUUAAAUUAUUAUUAUCAUUAUUUUUUUUGUUUCUAGUAACCUUUUAUGAUUUGAUAAUUACUGUCUCACAGGGCUCCUCUUUUUCCAUUUAAAAAUGGUAGUUUGUGUAUAAUAAACUACAAGAAAAAGAAAUCGAAAAAUGUGAGAAAGGAAUCUGUAAUCUAAAAAGUAAAAAAAAAAAAAAAAAAAAAAAAAAAAGUUAUUGCUUGAAUUUACUGCACACUAGUAGACUGUUAUCUUUUAAUAUUUUAGAUGCAAAUUUGUCAUGCUUAGGGAACUAUUUCAGAAAAGUGGAAGAAAUGAAGAUGGACACCUUUUAGUUCCAUCUGCAUUAGUAUUGGUAUUUCUGACCUAUUUCAUUAACAUUUGCAGUGCAUGUCAUUACUGAGAAAAAGGUUACAGUCACAAUGCUUUUACAUCCAUACACUUACACUCUCUGUAUGUUCUUGCACAGUUGUGCAGUGUUCUGUAUGUCCUUUCAUAAUUGCUAUAUGCUUUAUACUUUAUGAUAUAUAAGGACUCGAGUUUGUUUAUUUUCAAAUUUUGUUUUAAAUUAUUCAGUUAAAUUGGUGUUCAAAUAAUUUGCAGAGCCUACUUUGCUGCAGCAAAUAGUAGAGCAUUUUGCAGUUAUGGUUAACUUGAGCAUAUUAAAAAGGAGUAUAACUAGAUAUAUAUAUGUAUCAAAGGAUAUACUUAAUACGCAAGAUACAAACAUUGUUUGAAUAUCUUGAUUUUGUUUUAUUGUUUGUCUAUUUUCAUUUAACUUUUCCCUUCCAUGUAUUACCUGUUAUCAUAUGUCUUGAAUUUGUUUUUUAUGGAAUCCUGUUCAUACAAAAUUUGUGAUAGGAAUGCCUUGAUAGUGUUAGGAAGCUUAGCUUUUACCUGUUUUUUUUUUUUUUUUUUUGCCUAAUUGCCUUUUCUAAAAAAAAAUAAAAAACUCCAAAAAACUUAACUAAUGUCAAACUGAUCACUCUAUGGGAUCAACUGACAAAUGUAUUCUUUUAAGUAUUCAGAAUUUGUAGAUCACCAUUAAGAGGGGGAAUUCUGGAUAUUUUUCAGAUAUGGAUAUAAUUUCAAGCAUGGAGGAACAUAAACACACGCACACGCACACGCACACAAAAUGUAUUCAUUUACAAACAUGUUCAGUUACUCUGUUACAUCUCCCUCUCCCUUUGGCUUCAUAUAAAAAUUAUAUAUUCACAUGAAAAAAGUAGAGAAAGUAUGUUUAAUAGCAUUUAGUAUACUUAUUUUUCCUGUGAUGGUAAAUGUACAACAUAAAGAAUAGUAUAUGUAUAUAUAUGGCUAGACAAAUAAAUAUUUUAAUAAACA